AACGCGACCUCGAGCUCGCGCUUGCUCGAGGGGUCGAAGAAGAGCCGCUGUCGUAGACGACCGACGAGUGCCGCGCGUCGUCGAGGGCGCCGAGGCCGCCGACCGCCGUCGGCGCCGGGCGCGCGGCCCGGAGAUCGUCGAACGCGACGCCCAGGGCCUCGAGCUCCGCGACCCGGGCCGCGUGGUCCUCGACGGCGCGCAGCGCGUCGCGCACGAGGCCGUGGGCGCCCUCGGCGCGCACGGGCACGUCGACGCCGGCGACCCAGAGGCGCUCGAGCCGCGGCGGCGCCCAGGCCUCGAGGUCGGCCGAAACGUUCCUGGGCAUGGGCCCCGCGAGGGACCCGCGGAAGGCGGGGAAGUCCGACGCGAGCUUCAGCCAGGCCUUGAGGGGCUGGCGGCUCCGCUUCACCUGGCGCGCCGCGCGGAAGGGCAGCGCGCGGAGCUGCCGCUCCGUGAGCUCGACGUCCGCCGAGCCGACGGUCGCGUCGGCGUCGUCGUCCUCGUCGCGGUCGUCGCCGGCGCGCGCCUCGUACUCCGACGACUUGGCCACGACCUCGACGGUGUAGCCGCCGAGCGGCGUCGCCGCGUCGCCGCUCACGAGGUCGUCGCGGAAGCGCUGGACGCGCGCGAGCUCCUCGAGGGCCGCCUCGAGGGACCCGGCGGCGAGCGCCGACGCGUCGACGCGCGGCGCGGCGAUCCGCGUCUCGAUGGACACCUCGACGCGGUCCAAGGCCGCUGCGGUGGCUGCCAACGCGAGGCAGGCGGCGAUGCGAAACGCCAGUCAGGCGGCGAUGCGAGCGACCAUCGUCUAGAGCUCUCUUUUGUGGCAAAGCGCUUCAGCGAAGCUUGUUGAAGCCCACAUUGACGUUCAGCCGCUGGGCAGCACCGCGAUGGGCAGCCUUUUGCUGCUCGCGCUGCUCGCGCGCUGCGCGGCGGCCGCGGAGGAGGGCCUCGCCGUCGCGCUGCACGCGCAGGCCUACCCCGUCGAGGGCGGCGUCAUCGUCGGGUCGGUCAUGACAACGAACGGCCUGAAGCGGGCCCUGCUGCGCAGCGGCCGCGUGCGCGUGGCCAGGUCCUUCUACCCGUUCCACUACAGCGGCAUCGCCGACGAGGCCUGGGACCUGGUCAUCAUCGAGGGCUGGUUCGAGAUGUCGAACGCGUUCAUCCACGAGGUGCGGCGGUUGCGGCCGGCGGUCGUCGUGCUCUACUGGUGCCUCGACCCGCACUUCCCGGGCCUCGACGCCAUCGGGUCGCUGGACGUCGACGGCUACCUGACGAACAGCGCGACGGUCGCGGCGACGCUGGGAAACGUCGCGCCCGCGGAGGUCGUGAACCUCGCCGUGGACCUGGACGAGAUGGCGCCCGCGGCCGCGAGGGCGCCGGCGGGCGCGCCGCUCGUCUACGUCGGGUCCGCGCUGGGCAUCGAGACGAAGGCGAACCUCGUGGGCAUCCUCCGCGAGGCCGCGGCGAGCUCCCUGGGCCUCGAGCUCUGGGGCGCGGGCUGGGCCGACGUCGGCCCCGACGACCUCAAGCGGCACUACCGGGGCAUUUUGCCGCACGGCGCGCUCGCGGCGUGCUACGGCAACGCGUCGGCGGUCAUCGGCGCGACCAUGGACGGCCAGCGCGCGGCGGGCAUGGUCAACAACCGCGUCUUCGAGGCCCUGGCCACGGGCGCGCCGCUCGUCAUGGAGACGUUCCCCGAGCUCGAGGCCCUCUUCGCGGACCUGCCCGAGGACGGCGGCGCGUCGCACCUCCUGCUCUGGCGCGAGCCCGGCGACGUCGCGAAGCGCGUCGAUGCUUUAAGGCGCACGGCGGACCUCGGCGCCCGGACGCGGCGCUACAUGGCCGCGCGGCACACGUACGACGCGCGCGCGGCCCGGGUCCUCGCCUUCUUCGCGCGCGUCCGCGCCGCCAAGCAGAAGCGCUGCGCGCGCCACGGCUGCCUGCGCGUCGCCGUCGUCUGGUCCGGCGAGUGGACGCCCCAGUUCGGGUCGUCCUUCGGCGCCGCCGCGGACCUGCUCGCGGACGCGUACCACCUCAACUGGAUCGCCGCGCGCGAGCCCCACGACCUCCUCGUCUACGACGCGGUCUGGGCCGUGGGCCCCCUCGGCGGCGCCGCGGACCUGCGCGCGCGGCGCCUCACGCGCGACUUCACGACGGCGCGGCGCCUCCACCAGCGGCGCCUGCUCGUGCUCCUCGACGACGCCGCGCGCGACCCGCGGCCCGGGGCCCCGGCGUGCGGCCCGGACCGCGACCUCGUCGCGGCCCGCGAAUUCUACGACGGCGUCACCUACGUCGCCGCGGAGGACGCCGCGGCCCUCGAGGCCGCGGGGUUCCGGCCCCUGACGCUCCAGCAGGGCUACGGCGUGGCGCUGCUCCCCGGGCCGGCCGCGGGCGACGCGCCCGCGGCCGCCGCGGUCGUCCUCGGCGACGCGGCGUCGCUGCCGCGGCUCGCGGCCGUCGCGGCCGCCGCCGUCGCCCGCGGCGACGCGCCCGUCGCCGUCGUCCUGCUCGCCGAGGUCGUCGAGACGUCCAAGGUCCGCGCGCUGCGGCGAUCGCUGCCCGGCGGCGCGGACCUGCGGCUCGUCGGCAACGACGCCGCGGCGCGCGGCGGCGACCUGCGGCGCCUCGUCGAGGGCGCGCGCGCGCUCUACAUCCCCCACGCGGCCAACGCGUCCACGGGCGACUGGGCCGCGGUCUUCGCGGCCGCCUACGGCGCGCAGGGCGCGGCCGUCCGCGUCGAGCCGGGCAACGCGCGCGCGCUCGCGAUCCUGGCCGCCGACGCCCACGCCUGGGACGACGCCCACUUCGCGGCCCAGAUCUCCUUCGCCAUGACGCGGGCCCUGACGCUCGGCCGCGCGGCGUCGUCCGCGGCGAUUCUGGCGCCGGCGGACGGCGCGACGCUCGCGGCCGCGCCGGGCGCCGCGGCCGCGGACCUCGUCUUCGACCUCGCCAUCGACGCCUUCAACGUCGGCCGCGAGGGCUCCUGGUGCCUCGUCGCGAGCGUCGGCGGCAUGCUCACGUGCGUGCUCCAGAACCACCUCACGCUCGUGCUCCGCGUCGAGCCGCCCGACGGCUGCGACCUCGACGUCGCCUUCCGCGUCGAGCUCAAGAGCAACGUCUACGGCGACGUCGUCGCCGCGUCAGACGAGGUCCGCGUCGCCCUGCCGCGCCGGCGGCCGGCGGACCCGGCCGCGGGCCCGCCGCCGCCGCCGCGCGCGUACGCGGCGACGGAGUUCCUCGUCUGGCCCUACCGGCCCGGCUGCCCGGACUAA